CCUACAAUUGUGCUAUGGAGAAAAGACCUCAGUUUGGACAGAGAUUUUUAACAGAUGAUGCAGAAGUCUUUGCCCAUAAUGCUUGGGAUAUGGUCGACUGGGGCGAAGAACAAGAAUUAGCUGCACAAGAUACAGUGUCAAAAAAUAGCUGCCGUCCAUCUGAAGAUGUAUACCAAGAUGUACUCAACAACUCUGCUAAAAAAUGGGAUAAAUUCUAUGGGAUCCAUAAUAACAAGUUUUUCAAAGACAGACAUUGGUUGUUCACUGAAUUUCCUGAACUAAAAGAUUCUUCGGAAAAUGUAGAAAGGGUGAAUAUUUUUGAAGUUGGUUGUGGUGCUGGAAAUACCAUAUUUCCCAUCAUAGAGCACAGUGAUGAAAAUGCAAAUAUUUUUGUAUAUGGGUGUGACUUUUCGUCAACUGCAGUUGAUAUUGUGAAGUCGAGUAAGUUGUACAGUGAUGACAAGUGUCAUGCUUUUGUUUGUGACAUCUCACAGAAAUCUUUGCAAGUACCUAUUCCUGAAGAAAGUCUUGAUCUCAUAACUAUGAUAUUUGUUUUAUCUGCACUAAAUCCUGAUGACAUGGCUCAUUGCAUCCAAAAUCUCUCUAAAUAUCUCAAACCUGGUGGUCACAUCCUCUUUCGUGAUUACGGGCGUUAUGAUUUAGCGCAACUGAGGUUUAAAAACGGAAGAUGCCUCUCAGAUAAUUUUUAUGCUCGUGGUGAUGGAACAAAAGUUUAUUUUUUUACACAAGAUGAGAUGGACAAAUUAUUUACAGAUGCUGGCCUUGAAAAAGUGCAGAAUAUUGUUGACAGGAGACUGCAAGUUAACAGAGCUAGAAAACUGAAAAUGUAUAGAGUUUGGAUUCAAUGUAAAUAUGCCAAACCUAUUGCUAAUGUUAACAAAUCAGCUGAAAUUGAUUUAUCUUAAAUUUACUUGAAUCGGUAAAGAUGUUUCUUAUAAUUAGGAUUUAUUCUUUGGAGAUAACACAAUUGUUUUAUUGUUACACCUAUGUACUUUAGGA